CGCUCGAUUAACGAGCGCGGUUUUAACGAUUUCUUUAAAAAAUCGAUACAGAACCGUGUAUAGUGAAAGUGUAUGAUUUUGAAAUUCGUUUAUAUAUCCUUAAGUGCAAGUGAUUUGGUGACUAUCGGGACUAUGUCGAGUGAAUUCCGGUUUUAAACAUUGGAUUUAAAGACUGUAUUUGCUUGCAGAUAUUGGCAAACAGUAGUAAGAUAAUUGGGAAGUGAGACAAAACAUUUAUGUGUGUGUGAUGUGGUUAUCGUGUGUGAAACCAAUGAAGCGGCGAAGAGUGCGUUUACCUCACCAGUAACUAGUACAAUGUUGGCCGCUUGGAUCCUUGCGGGAUGUCUGUGUCUGGCCUCGUCAGAUCUGCAACUCCCCCCGGGAUUCAAUUUACCUGCGAUCACACAAGUCGCCCGCAAUUGGUAUGUGAUGUCCUCUGACCCAAUCGGGUCAAUAGUGACCCGGGUUACGAGGGAACGAACUGGGAAGCAGAACGUGACCUUCGGCUUGGAGACAGGCGGACCUCCAACGCCUUUUGCGAUCGACCCUCACACAGGCGUUGUUUUUGUUAAUGACACGCUUGCGGAUAAGGAAAGUAAAUCAUACUCUCUUUGGGUAACGGCCGAUGAUGGAGUAUCACUCCCGCAAAGAACAGAAGUAUUUGCAACCGUCACAGACGCGUCAGGAGCCCGACCAAAAGUACCAAGUCCACCAGCCUUCGCUAUUUCAAAUUACAAUACUGCUAUAACGCUACAACCAAAUUUUCCUUUACCACCUCAAAGCACCACCAAAGCAACAGAAGGAACAGAAAAAGUACCUGAAACAACAGUCAUUACCACUUUAAGUCCCCCUAAACCACCUGCAGAUGUUCCGCGAGAAGAGAAAAAUAAAGUUGGCAUCAAAGAAACAAAAAAUAAUACAAAUGAGGAAACACGGCCGAGUAAUGAAGUACCCUUAACGGUUAUACCGUUAGUUGCGAUUGGUGCUUUAAUAGCGAUCGUAGCUGGUGUCAUAAUAUUUGUUUGGAAAAAGAGGCAUGUCAAAGGAAAGAAAAGCACGAAGGACGAUAUGAGCAAAGACUCAAGUGGGAUUGUUCUGCAAGAUUCGUCUGGCAACUUGUGGGAUCGCCCACGUGCUUAUUCCAAUCAGUACAAAUCUUGGGACAGCGGUCAUUUGCAGAUUUCAGAAGAGACUACAAUAAGCAAAGAAGAUCCCACAGAUGAGUGGGAGUUUCCUCGUCAUCAUCUCAAGAUCUUUAAUAUUGUCGGCGAAGGCGCUUUUGGUCAAGUAUGGCGGGCACAGGCUGUUGAUAUUGAUGGAAAGAAAGGCGAACAAACAGUAGCUGUAAAAACAUUGAAAGGCAACGCCUCGGAGAAGGAAAAAACGGACUUGUUACAGGAGUUGGCUGUCAUGAAGUCGUUGGGGACGCAUCCAAACGUUGUGAGACUCAUUGGAUGUUGCACAGAAAAGGAACCUACGUUAGUGAUCAUGGAGUUCGUCAGCUUGGGUAAGCUACAGCAGUUCUUAAGGGACUCGAGAGCUGAACGCCACUACGGAAAUACUCAUGGAGGGAGCCGGUUCCUCACAUCACGUGAUCUAACACAUUUCGCCUUCCAAGUGGCCCGCGGAAUGGACUUUCUUAGUUCUAAGGGAAUAAUACACAGAGAUUUAGCGGCUCGUAACGUGCUGAUAACAGAUGAGCGUACAUGUAAAGUUGCUGACUUUGGAUUUGCACGUGACGUCGCGGGAACGCAUGUGUAUGAACGAAAAAGCGACGGUCGUUUACCAAUCAGAUGGAUGGCCCCAGAGUCAUUGUAUGACGACAUCUUUAGUGUGAAAUCGGAUAUUUGGAGCUUUGGAGUUUUGUUGUGGGAGAUCGUGACCCUCGGUUCAACUCCUUACCCUGGCCUAUCAGCUGGUGACGUCAUGAGAAAGGUUCGCGACGGUCAUCGCCUGGACAAACCGGAACAUUGCCGUCGAGAGCUUUACAACAUUAUGUACUAUUGUUGGGAGGCGGAACCUAGCUCGAGACCGGAAUUCAAAGAAAUCGUCGGAAUGUUAGAGCGAUUGUUGUGCACUGAAAUGGACUAUAUUGAAUUAGAACGAUUCCCUGACCAUUCAUACUACAAUGUACAACAUUUGGAUGGCGAAAAACUCUAAUUAAAUGAUUUACUAACACGUAUUGUUAUUAAAAAUGUACAAGUACUUGCAAAGAUUUUAACAAAAUAUUGUUCUCGAAAAAACUCGUGUCCCUAAGUAAUCAUUUGUUUAUAAUUUGACCAAAUUUAUUAUACCGGCACUUGGCAUAUUAAUCGGAGAAUUUUGAGUUUAAAACAUAAGUGCUAAUAUUUAUACUUACUUGGUAUACCUUGGUAUACCCAUACCCCGUGUUACACAACUAUUAUUUUCUCUCUUAUAACUUUUCCUGUUCAAUAAAAGGAGAACUUUUUCCCUCUCGAUGCCAAACCGUGUAAAUUUAUCAAUAUUAUUUAAAAUAUUGCUGCGAUGAUAGCACUAUUUAACAUAUAGAGGUCAUAUAAGGUUGUAUUAUAAAACGCGGAAACCGCGUCUUUGUUACCAUGGUAACGUAUUUUCUAUACAAUCUGUUACUAUGGUAACAAACCGAGUCCGCGUUUUAUUAUAAGUCUGAUUGGGUUUGCGUAUUGUAAAGUGAGAUUAUUUGUUCAAUAGGACCAAAAUUUUGAAUGUAAGAAUAACUUAGAUAUAUAUUUAUUUAAUUUGCUUUUAAUGUGCAAUCUGUAUGUAUAAUAUUGUUAAGACGUCGAAAUAUGUAAAUCUACUACUUUGUUGUGCAGUUGUGGUACUCUAUAACUUCCGAAGCUAUAGCGACUACAAUAUUGAAUAUCUCUCAUAUUAGCAUACAGAAAGUCUAGAUUAAAAUCAGUUCGCUAUAACUAUUGGCAGUUGCAGAGUGCCCGCGCAGGUUAGAUGUAAUUUUUACUAUAUAAUGAUACUAAGCAACCAAAAUCCUACAAAAACUGUAUCUGGCAAUUCUUCCAAGAUCUGAAAGAGAUUUUGUAAUUUAAUAAUAGUAACUAGUCCUUAGGUAAUAAUUAAUUGUAAUAAUAAUAACAUGUUUUAAGUAGAGGCGUACCUCAAUAUUUGGAAUAAAAGUUUUGUUUUGUAA